GAAGAUGAUAAAAACUCAGGUGCAUCGCUCCUGAGCUCACACACGCAGCUUUCUCAGUUGGACUUGCUUCCAAACAAAUCACACUUUACUCAUCUCAGUUUGGAGUUCCUUGACAAUACGGCGUUAAAGAGAACCGAAAAUUGAAGUUGAUGGAAGUUUGCUGAUAUUCCAGGAAAGUGGGAGGUGGUCUCAGACAAAGUUGCCUUAGAGAUGAGUUGGGUUGCUCUAUACACCCAGCUGGGCGGGGUGAACAAACACUCCACCAGCCUGGGGAAGAUCUGGCUGUCUGUCCUCUUCAUCUUCCGUAUCACCAUCCUGGUACUGGCUGCAGAGAGCGUGUGGAGAGACGAGCAGGCUGACUUCACCUGCAACACCCAGCAGCCUGGCUGUAAGAACGUCUGCUACGACCACUUCUUCCCAGUGUCACACAUCCGCCUCUGGUGCCUACAGCUGAUCUUCGUGUCCACACCGGCCCUGCUGGUGGCCAUGCAUGUGGCUUACAGGAAGAGUGGGGACAAGCGGCACAUCAUCGCGGCCUCACGAAGCGGUGGUGAUGACAAGACCAGGCAGGUGGACCUGGAGACUCUAAAGAGGCGGCGUCUGUCCAUCACUGGGCCUCUGUGGUGGACGUACACCUGCAGCCUGCUCUUCCGCCUCAUCUUUGAGGCUGGCUUCAUGUUUGCAUUCUACUUUGUCUACGACGGCUUCCAGAUGCCUCGUCUGGUGAAGUGUGAGCAAUGGCCCUGCCCCAACAAGGUGGACUGCUUCAUUUCACGACCUACGGAGAAGACCAUAUUCACCAUCUUCAUGGUGGUCUCCUCUGCCAUCUGCAUGGUGCUCAAUGUGGCCGAGCUGGCCUACCUCAUCACCAAGGCCCUGAUGAGGUGCUCCACCGGGAUUUCCAAGAGACGUACCUCUGGUCAUGUGGCCACGGACAAGUCUCUACUACAGAAUAAAACGAAUCAGAUGCUGCUGUCGUCUGUUACGGAUUCCUCCAGCAACAAGACUGCCUAUGUUCUCCCCAGCUUUCCAAAUGAACUAUUUCUCACAGCCCUGAUGACUUCAACAGUUAGAUGCCUGUUUUUUUCUCCCCUUAAUCAGCACUUCAAAUUCUGAUGAGACCAGCAUUGAUUUGGGGUGUCAUAUAUCUUCUGAACCCUAGUCGAUGGAUUUAUUACCGUCAAUAGAAAAACAUUUUAGUAAGUUCCAACUAUUUUAUGUUCCUGCUUGUGUUUUGGUUUUGGUGUGAAUAGUAGAUUGAUCUGCUUGGGUUUUGGUGUGAAUAGUAGAUUGAUAGGCAUCUACUGGCAAGUUCAUGUGCACAACGCUAACCGAACGCUAUAUAUCGAUAACAAAAGGCAGUAGACCUAUUUGUCUUCAUGCUCCUGGUCAGUUAAAAACCAUUCUAAAAGCUUGUUUUUGACCAUCAUUAUGGGAAAGUGUCAUCUGAUUAUUCUGUCUGGUUUCAUUUAUGCCGCAUGACGGUACACAUUAUUGCUAGUUAACUAGUUAAUAGUUUAGUCAAUGCAUGUUAUUGUGAGUAUGGUGUAUUUGCAUUUAUUGGCUGCAAUUUCUGAUACAAAUUACCAUUCAAUUCCCAUUAAAAGAACACACAUUUUUUAGACUCAAA